AUGGAACUCCAGUCCAUGAGCCUAUGGGCAUUCUGGUUGUUUCUCCUUCUCUCUUCCAUGCACGUUCUACGCUUCUUCGGAUCUGCUGCUAACUUCUCCAACGAAACAGAUUAUCUUGCUUUGCUACACUUCAAACAUCUGACAACCGAAGACCCUCUCAAUUCCUUGAGCUCAUGGAAUCAUACUCUCCACUUCUGUCACUGGCAAGGAGUCACAUGCGGUGGUCGCCUCCAUCCUCAAAGGGUCACCGCCUUGAACCUCACAGGCCAGAAAUUGGUGGGACCCAUAUCUCCCUUCAUACGGAACCUUACCUUCCUCAGGAGAAUCGAACUCGCGAAUAACAGCUUCAACGGGCGGAUUCCUGAAGAGAUGGGUCAGUUGCUCCGCUUGCGGUUUCUCGGUCUGGACGAUAACAAAUUCACCGGAGAAAUUCCAGCAAAUCUGACCCGCUGUUCUGAACUCCAGCUCCUUUAUCUUGUUCGGAAUCAGCUUAUAGGGAGUAUUCCAACUGAGCUUGGCUCUCUAUCAAAGCUCACCGUAUUAGCCCUUGGUAUCAACAAUCUUAUCGAAAACAUCCCACCUUCACUUGGAAACCUUUCGUCUCUCACACUCCUUCUCUCAAGAAACCGUCUGGAGGGCAACAUCCCAGACGAUCUCAGUCAGUUGGUGAGGUUAAACAUUCUUGGUAUUCGUGAAAAUGAACUUUCACUUCUUUUCGGAGUAAACCAAUUCACAAGACCCAUACCAGUUUCAUUAUCCAAUGCUUCUGGACUUGCACUUGUUAACCUUAAUAACAAUAGUUUUAGUGGAUCGGUGCCUCUGGAUUUUGGAAACCUCAAGAAUCUCUCUAGGUUACGUUUGUGGGGAAAUGAACUUGCAAUUGGAAAAGGUAGUGACUUGGGUUUUCUUGAUUCUUUGAUCAAUUGCAUUAGUUUACAACUACCGGAUGUAGGCAUUAAUAAUCUCAGUGGUUUGUUGCCCAACUCCAUAGGGAAUCUUUCAACCCAGCUGAAUGAACUAUCGUUAGACAAUAACAUGAUAUUCGGAAGCAUCCCAUCUGGGAUUCGGAAUCUCAUUUGCUUAACAGUAGUCAAUUUGGGGUAUAACUUUCUAACAGGUAGAAUUCCCAUUGGUGUUGGAAUGCUUAACAAGGUGGAGCAACUUGAGCAGUAA